UUUAGUUAGUUUCCACGCAUGGAAACUUGCUCGAUUAUUUCAUCGACUAUUGAACGCCAAUCAUUAUGCGCCUCCUUUCAUUGCAUUUUACGUAGCAACAUUGUGCUUUCUAUAAAUCGAAUGACUAAUUGGAUGUUUUUUAAUACGUCGCUUUUCCGAACUCUCAUAGACACAGUGAAAAGGAUCCGUGACCUUUAUUUUGUCAGGUCACGUGAAAUGUAAACAUUUCGGAUUUUUAAAAGGACGACGACCUGUGAUUCAUUGGAUUUCUUUUUGAAUUAUGUUAAUAUUUUUAGUGGAAUCACCGGAGGCUGAUAACCGCCUCACUGAUAAUGAAAUAUCGUCCGGUCGCGGUAACCCACGAGCAUUUUCGUAGCCGUGUGUAUAGUCACCAGCUUGAAAGUGGCCUGUGUUGUUCGUUGCGGUCGCCAAUUGCUGUGUGUAGAUUUCCAUGGGCUGGAAGAACAAAGAGGGGCAGGAAAGAACGAAUCGGUUUGCCGUCAAGUGACAGUGUCUCAUCGGCCAUAACCGAGGCGAGAAGCAAGGAAAACCGAACCAGUCUAUCGGAAUUAUGUAUCGGUUCGUUAAGCAGUGAAUGAAACGUCAAUAGUGAUAAAAAAGAUGACAAACGUUGGAGAUGUUAAGAAGAAAGCACCUGACGGCGGCUGGGGAUGGCUCGUUUGCCUUGGCACCAGUUUAAUAACGUUAUCGUUGAGGUCUUUGGAUCCAUCGUUUGGUCUCCUUUUCCAUGACCCUUUGGAAGAACUGAAUAUAGAUUCUACAGGUGCGUCAUUAAUAAUGAGCAUCCUUGACGCCAUCGUCAAUUUUUCAGGUCUUUUUAUAGGGCCGUUAUUGAAAAGAUUUUCUUACCGAAAAGUUGCUUUCUUCGGAUCCCUUCUAAGCUGUACUGGACUGAUAUUAACAUCCCGGGCUAAUAGCAUGCUCCACAUUAUAUGUACUUAUAGUAUUUUAGGAGGUCUAGGAACAGGUCUAGCGAUAGCUUCGUCUUUUGUUGCAUUGAAUACGUUUUUCGAUAAAAAGCGAGGCCAAGCAGUCGGAUUUUCCAUGGCAGGAACCACACUAGCUAUGAUGCUAGUGCCACAGCUGAUACACGUUCUUCUGGAUUCCUAUGGAUUCCGAGGAGCUAUGCUGAUCAUAGGGGGAUGGGCACUGCAUUCUGUAGUUGGCGCUUGUCUGUUACGGCCUUUAAAAACCGACGAUGAAAAAGCUGUUAAAGAGAUCGCUGAUAAACCACACGAAAGCGAUACACUGUUACAAAAGAAUAGCAAUGGAGUGACAGAAGAAGUAAGAAAUGACGGAGAUCCUUCAAAAACCGAGACUCCGAUAAAGAACGAAGCGAAACACAAGAAAAAGCGUGAGUCAUAUCUGAGCAAGAUAAAGGAAACCUUGGAUUUAGAUCUUCUUAAAAAUGGCGUUUACCUGAACGUGAUCAUCGGUUUAAGUUUGUAUUAUGUAGCUGAAUCAAAUUUCAAACUGAUGACUCCAUUCUUUUUAUCUAGUAUAGGAAUGUCAAACGUGGAAGUCGCCUUUUGCUUGUCGAUAACAGCAUUUACUGACAUUAUUGCUCGAAUUGUACUGCCAACCAUCUUCGAUAGAUUAGGAUUUAAGAAGAGAUCCGUGUUCUGGGUGUUCUGUUUUCUGGUCGGCAUUGGACGAUCCGUUAUGGCAGCCCAGUCGAAAGGAAUAUGGAUGAUAGUGACCUUCGUGGUAAUAGGAUUCUUACGUGGCGCCACUUUGGUUAAUUUAAAUCUUAGCGUCUCUGAGUGUUGCACGUUAAAAAAAUUGCCAAGUGCGUUUGGAAUGUUUAUGGUAUCCAAAGGCGUGUUUGUUAUAAUAAUGAGUCCUUUUAUCGGUUACAUCAGAGAUGUCAGCCAAAGUUACAGCCUUUGUAUACACUUCAUGACGCUGAUGAUAAGCGUUACCUUCAUCACAUGGAGUUUGGAAUUCAUUUAUACUGCAUUUAGAAAAAGAAGAUCACAUUUAUCUCAGAAGAACAGAGCGAAAACCGAAGAGAUAUAAUUUUCACAUCUAAGUAGUGAGGUAGUGAGAAAUAAAUAGUCAAUGGAAUCAUUAAUGCAAUCACUCGUUCUCGACAUUUCUGAAUGUUUGGUAUUGCCAUCGCUACAUUUCUCUUAGCAUUUGUUUAAUCAAGUUGUUCCGAAUAUAUAUUUCAACAGAACAUAGCGACGAAAUGUGAUAGUUUAACACGUCAACUAUUCACCGAGUUUCGUACGCUUUACCAUAUACAUAGAUACCAUAUGCGAUAGAAUUUAGACGAAUAAUUCUAUAAAUUAACGAUUCCUUGUCGUUUUUCAUGACCUUGAAAUACGCUGUCAGGAACGUAGCUCUAAGCAAGUAUUUCUUAUACAUACAUGUUACCGCCGAUAGACCUUAGAUUCUUAGAUAUUCGCAAAAAACUUUCACUACUAUUUAGAAGUGUCGUCUAGAAGUGUUUUAAACAACUUUUAUACUAUAACUCUCUAUAACCGCCACGCGGGCUUCACAAAACAAAAAUGGAAAAAAGUGACAUGGUGGUACGCAUUGAUUUUGAAAAUUUCCCAUUAAAUGCAGAAUCAAAUAAACCUCAUAGUAUACAUUUUACUUCAUUAUGACAAUCUAACGAAUAUGUGAAAUAUGAAAUAGCAUGUUCUUAAAGUAAUCUUUAUUAUUACUGAAAUCUUUAUGUUUAUUUCAUGGUACUAAAUCCAGUAGUAAGGAGUCUUAUUUUAACACUUAGGCAACCGCCUAAAAAGAACUAUAAAUACAACCUCUUUUAUUAUCUUCAAUUGAACUCAUUCAAUUAAUUUGGUUAAAAACUUCGUUUUGUAAAAGUAAGAACCGUAUUUGAUGAAUUGCGAAUAAUCCCACUUCAAGACUUCGUAAACAACAAAAGAAAAGAUAAACAGAAUAAAAGGCAAUACGUUGCUAAGUGGAAAUUGGGAGAUCUCCCCAUUCGGUUGGUUAAGUGUUAAAUAUAAAAAGUUAAAAAUCAAUUCAACGCUCUGACGAUCAAAUGAAACAAACAUUCAGAAAGUGUAUUUAAUCAAUUUAAUCAAUGAACGGCCCGAAUGUCGCUUUUUAUCCUGUUCAACUGAUCUCGUACGAGAAAAGCCAUGGAUACGCGAAUAACGUGGUUACUCCCGUUCUGUUUCUCUCGCUAGAUCUCUUAUACGAAAACCUGUUGACUAAUAAGCAUAAGUAGAAAUAGUUGAAAUAAUUCAUAAUACGCUAUGCCAAUGAAGUAAUAUUAUCAUAAUUUUACUGUACAGUCUUAUUUUUCGAGAAACCCUUCAUAGAUUUCUCAUUUACAGAGGCGUGACCCUCCAGAAGCGAAAGUUAUCAUUGAAACUUUUAGAAGUAAUAUGUAAAUUCCGCAACAGCAUAAAUGAAAACGUUGAAUGGCGUGAAUGUUCUGACACUCAAUGUAUAAAUGGCGCCACGGGGGUCAUCAAUGACCUCCAAUCAAAUCAGUUACAACAGUUCAUUCAAUUAAACGAUAAUACUCAUAAACUUUACGAUUUUAUUAAUGAUGUCAUGUACACCAAUGGCAUUCGGCAAGAUAAAUACGCAGAAUACGAUAAUACGGUACCGUUGAAUUGUUUCACAUAUUUUACCAUUAUACACAGAGUGUUCAUAAAAAUCGGGCAUACGAUUUUUCAGGCAUUUCCAUCAACGCAUGUUUCAAACAAAAGUUGUUUUUACCCUCAAGUUAGAGCUAUAAGAUUAGGAAAGAAAAAACCAAGUCAUUUCAAAACAUCAAGGUGACCUUGAUUUUAUUUUAAAGUAAAAGUUUUUUAACAGUUUUGCAUAUUAUUGAUUGUAGCUCACUUUAAAUGCAACAACUUCUGUUUGAAACAUUUUUUGAUUACACAAACGAAAGUUUUUUUAACGUGUACGUCAAUUUGAUGAAUAUACUCUGCAUAUACAUUUUGUUCAUUGAAAAUUUCAGCGCCGUCGCAAACAUAGCAAAAUUGUCUGACAUUCAAUGUUUUAAGAAUGCAUUUUGUUAUAAUUAGGUAUAAUUAUCACCAAUGAUCAUUGACGCAUCAUAAUGUAUUCGAUUGGUAUUACAAUGACUGUUGAUUAACAUACGUUUUCUUUUAUAUCGUUUUCCAGCUAUUUAUAUCAUUGACAUUAUUAUUAUUAAUGACAGUUGUCGUUAAUGUUUAAGACAUGAUUGAAAUUAUAUGUGUAUGAUAUGUUAUAUGAUAUGUAUAUGAGGCAAGUUACAAAUAACUAUCGUUACAGUUGAGAAAGUGACUAUCAGACUCUCUGACAUAGAUAUUAGGCACAAGUGAUGUUUAGGCUAUGUGAAGAAAAGGUCAAUAAAACAAAGGAACGUAAUUGUAAGGUCAGUGGUUCAUACUGAUCGCAUAGUCAAUAUAAUGGUCGUUUAAUAUCCAUAAAUAUUACGAUCGUAUGACUAAUUGUUUAUAUGAUACUUUCUAAGAUGUUAUUCUAAUAACAUAGUUUUACGAAAAAAUGAUAACUGCACACGAACCUGCACUAUCACUCGGUUCUUGUACUGUAUCAAAGAUCAUUUUAUCCCUUGUAUUAAGAUUAUUAGAAAAGAAAGUGAUAA